AUGUACACCACGCCGAGUGGCGAUGCGUGCCUGCCCUGCCACGCCACCUGCGCCGAGUGCUCCUCGCACCGGUCCAGCGCCUGCACUGCCUGCCCAGGCACGCAUGUGCUGGACCGCGGGCACUGUCGGGAGGCGUGCCCGGCCCUGGGGUUCUUCCAGGAGGGCAACGUCUGCACGCCCUGCCACGGGUCGUGCCUGUCGUGUGGCGGCCCGGGCGCCGACCAGUGCCAGCUGUGCCCCCGGUCGCACAUCUUCCACCGGGACCAGUGCCUGGCGGACUGCCCGCCGUCCAGCACCCCGCUGGGCGGGUCGUGCGCCGAGUGCGACGACUCCUGCACCGCGUGCACCGGUCCCAACUCGAACCAGUGCACCGCGUGCGCGCCGACCGCGCCGCAGCUCUGGGACGGGGCCUGCCUCGGGGACUGUCCGGGGGGCACCUUCCCGGAGACGGGCAGCAGCAUGUCGCUGGACACGUGCCUGCCCUGCGCGCCCUACUGCCUGGAGUGCGGUGGCCCGGCCGGGGCCCAGUGCACUCGGUGUAUCGAGGGCCUGGUCCUGCACCCGGUGCAUGGGUGUGUCUCGUCCUGCGGCCGGGGGCUGGUGCUGAUGGGCAACCAGUGCACCGCCUGCAGCCCCGGGUGCCGGCACUGCGAGGGGUCUCCCGAGCACUGCACCCAGUGCCCGGAGGGCAUGCUCCUUGGGACCGCGGCCGGGACCUGCGUGCCGAGCUGUGGUCAGCAGGAGUUCGCCGACCUGGCGACCCCCUCGCUGGCGCGGUGCGUGGCCUGCCACGCGGACUGCGUCUCCUGCGAGCGUGGCUCCGGGUCGGAGCACUGCACCGUCUGCCGGCCGGAGCUGGCUUUCUUGGUGGGUGUCGGCUGCGUGGCCGCCUGCCCGGAGGGCCACUUCAAGCGGGAGGGCCCUUUGCCGGGUGGGCACGAGUGCGCCCGGUGCGCGGACACCUGCGCCGCCUGCACCGGGCCGGAGAUGGCCCAGUGCACGCGCUGCGUCGGUGACCGUCUGCUGAUGGCGGAGGCCGGGGUGUGCCUGCCUGCCGGGGAGGACGCCUGCCCGGCCGGGUGGCACACGGAUGCCGCGGCCCGGCGCUGCCUCCGCUGCCCGGAGGGCUGUCUCUCGUGCGAUGCCUCGGUCGAUGACUGCGAGCAGUGCCAGCUGGACCGGCAGCUGAUCCGGCUGCUGGACCGGGCGCCCACGGAGGGCACCCCG